GCAACGGCGCGGCCUGGGCGGCUCCGAGCCCCCCAAAGUGAGGGAACUGAGCCCCAAAACCCGGGAACCGCUCCCGGUGAGCCCCCCUGGCCUUUCCGGGGCUCUCUGUGCCCCAAACCCGUGGUACCGGCCCGGUGAACUGCCGUGGCUCGAUCUCAGGGGUCUCUAAGGGCUCCCCCAUCCAGUGAGGCCUGGUCCCAGUGCCCCCUCCCCAUCCCGGGGGUCUCUGGGGUCCCCACCCGGCGCUCCCGCUCCCACUGCUCCCCUCAAUUCCAGCGCCACAAUCCCCCUGGAUUACUGGGGAGGGGGUCCCAGCGCUGCCCCCCACCCCUGCAAUCCUGACACUCCCAAUCUGCAGCUUUUUCACCCUCUUUUCCCUCAGAUCCCCACCCAAAGAGGGGACAAGGACCCCCGGGUCACCCCGGCCAUGGCUGAGCAAGGGGACAGCCCGUGUGGGGCCCCCGAGGGGACACGGCCAGGAGCCACCCUGAGCGACAGCCUCGUCACCACCCGCAGCUGCUCCACGGGGCCGCUGCCCACCUCCACCCUCCGCUUGGACCGGGAGAACCUCUCCUGCAUCGGGAAACUCCGGAGGAUGGCAGAGAUCCACAGCCUCUACCUGCAGCAGAACCAAAUUGAGAAGAUCGAGAAUUUGGAGUCUUUUCCCAACCUGAGGUUCCUCUGCCUGGCUGGGAACCGCAUCCAGAGGGUGGAGAACCUGCAGGCCCUGCCCCAGCUGAGCACCCUGGACCUGUCCCACAACCAGAUCCGGGCUCUGGACGCAGAGGAGCUGCCCCGCAGCCUCCGGAUCCUCGACCUGACCGGGAACGAGUGCAGCCGGCAGGACGGAUACAGGGAUCUGGUGGUGGCAGCCCUGCCCCACCUCCUGCAGCUGGAUUCCCAGCCAAUCCAUGGAGACACGGCUCGGGAAGAGGCAGGAGGAGGCUCCUGCAGCAGCGAGGAGGAGGAGGAGGAUGAGGAGCUGUUCCCUGAGCUGAGGAUUCCCUUCACCGUGGACAAAGAUUUCCUGCAGGAUGUGCAGCGGGAGCUGGCCGGGCGGGCGCGGUGGAGGCGGAGGAAGAGCCUGGAGGAGCACCGGGCGCGGCUGGAGGAGCUGCGGGAGCUCCGGGCUCUGCUGCUGGACCCGGGGCAGGGCCAGCUCUGUCCCCAAGGGGCACAGCUGUCACCUCUGCCAGCAUCCAGGGUGUCCCAGCGAGCUCCUGGCGCCAUCCAGCCCCCAGGCAAGGCUCUGGAGAAGGAGCCUGGUGCCAAAGGAGCGGGGAAUGGGCAGUUAUCCCAAAUAUCCUGCAGCAGCAGCAAGGAAUAAAGUCGUUAUUCCCACCCCAAUCCAGCUGGACCUCACCCUACAGCCAUCCCAAGGGGCUGGAAAUGGGGGAAAACACACAAGGGGCUGUGGGCAGGGCUCCCAAUCCCAUCCCAUAUCCCUGUCCUUCCCCCUGCACCUCAUUCCAGGCCGUGGCCGCCCCUCCAGGGUAAACUGGGGGCUGGGACCCCUGGAGGGAGCCAGGAAGG